UUGCCUGUGCCUCUGCAGAACAAAGAAGCCGAUGCCUUUUCCAUGUUUGGCUCUGAGAUCUUCAAGCAAAGGAAGACUGCUUCCUUCAAGAUGGCUGCCAGUGAAUCAAAGGCUGGUGAAACCUUCUCCUACCAUGCUGUUGCUGUGGUGAAGAAAGCCAACUCUGCCAUCAACAUCAACAACCUGGCAGGAAAGAAGACCUGCCACACCGGGAAAGGCCGAACCGCCGGCUGGAAUAUGCCUCUUGGAUACUUUAUAGACCAGGGUUACAUGUCUGCGAUGGGCUGCAACAUCCCACAGGGCGUGGCAAACUUCUUCAAUGCGAGCUGUAUUCCUGGAGCCAAUGAGCCUGGUGACCCUGCGUCGCUGUGCCAGCUGUGCAAAGGAGACGGUGCAGGACAGCACGUAUGUGAGAAGAGCAGCCAAGAAAUGUACUACAGCUAUGAAGGAGCUUUCAGGUGUUUGGUUGAAGACGCAGGUCAGGUGGCCUUCAUCAAACACACGACUGUUGAGGAGAACACUGAUGGUCGCGGCCCAGCCUGGGCUCAGGCUCUGCUGUCGUCAGAUUAUGAGCUGCUAUGUCGGGACGGCACCAGAGCUCCGGUCUCUCAGUGGCAAAGAUGUCACCUGGUCCGUGUCCCGUUUCGUGGCGUUGUGGUCAGAGAGGACAUCACUCCCUCUGUGGUGUUUGCCAUGUUGAAGGAGGGGAUGGAAAAGUCCAACUUCAAGAUGUUCUCGUCUGCUGAUUAUGGCGGCGGAACUGUGCUUUUCUCUGAGUCGACCACCACGUUGGAGAAGGCCGAGUACGAGGAGCCCAAGAAGUGGAUGGGUGACAUGUACCAUAACGCUAUGACAGCUAUGGACUGUAAAGCUGAAGAUCUCCCAGCUGCCCUGCGGUGGUGCGUGCUGUCCAGCAGCGAGCAGCGCAAGUGUGCUGACAUGGGCUCUGCCUUCCAAAGUAAAGGUCUCACUCCAAGAAUCAACUGUGUCUUCGGGGACUCAGUGACCGACUGCAUGAAGAAAAUCAAGAACAAUGAGGCCGAUGCCAUCACUUUGGAUGGAGGUUACAUCUACACAGCAGGCAAAGACUACGGCUUGGUGCCUGCAGUUGGCGAGAGCUACACGGAGGACCGUGAUGGUGCCAUAUACUACGCCGUUGCAGUGGUGAAAAAGACUAGCGUUGACAUCCGUGACCUUAAAGACCUGCGUGGCCGUCGCUCCUGUCACACUGGAUAUGGCCGCACGGCUGGCUGGAACGUUCCCAUUGCAGCGCUAAUAGAUCAAGGCCUGAUCACCCCUAAGCACUGUGAGAUACCCCAAGCGGUGGGAGGGUACUUCAAGGAGAGCUGUGUACCAGGUGCCAAUCAACCCGGUUUCCCCAGCAACCUGUGUGGUCUGUGCGUGGGAGACAGUUCGGGACAGAACAAGUGUGAGAAGGGAAAAGACCUGUACGAUGGAUACAACGGUGCCUUCAGGUGUCUGGCUAAAGGAGAUGGAGAAGUGGCUUUCGUCAAGCAUUCUACUGUCUUCCAAAACACUGAUGAUCUAGUGUCCAAAGACUUCCAGCUGCUCUGCCCUCAGGGAACGAAAGCUGAAGUCACACAGUACAAAUACUGUAACCUGGCCAGAGUUCCUUCUCACGCCGUAAUGGUACGGCCGGACACCAACAUCCACGCUGUGUAUGGACUCCUGGACCGCGCACAGGUGUACUUCGGCAGUGAUACAGGUACUGGUUUCAAGAUGUUUGACUCGCAGGCCUACGAAGGCACAGAUCUGGUCUUCAAAGACUCCACCGUUCGCCUCAUGGGCGUCGCCGACAAAAAGACGUACCAGGAGUGGUUGGGUCAGGGCUACCUGGACGCACUGGUUGAAAUGGAGUGCAACUCAUCAAGUGCAGUGGUGUCGUCUGCAUGGCUGCUGCUGGUGGCUCUGUUCAGCUUCAUGCUGACCAACUACUGGAUGUAA